AUGAAUAGUGUUGGAAAAAGUUCACUUUUAGUAAGAUUUGCUGAUAACACAUUUUCUGGUAACUACAUCACAACAAUAGGAGUAGAUUUUAAAAUAAAAACUGUUACUAUUGAUGAUAAAAGAGUUAAAUUACAAAUCUGGGAUACUGCUGGUCAAGAAAGAUUUAGAACCAUAACAUCUACGUAUUAUCGUGGUACUCAUGGUGUAAUAGUUGUGUACGAUGUGACAAAUGGAGAAUCUUUUGCAAAUGUCAAAAGAUGGAUUCAUGAAAUUGAAAACAAUUGUGAAGUUGUUAAUAGAAUACUUGUGGGUAAUAAAAAUGACACCCCUGACAGAAAAGUAGUUCUUACUGAAGAUGCAAAAAGGUUUGCCGAUCAAAUGUCUCUUCAGCUUUUUGAAACAAGUGCUAAAGACAACAUUAACGUUGAAGAGAUGUUUAUGUCGAUAACCAGGCAGGUUUUAAGAACAAAAUUAGAAGCUAAAGAAAGACAAGCUAAUCAGUCGAAUGAUACUGUAAAUUUGAGAAAAUCAAAUAACAAGUUUAGGAAAAACAAAUGUUGUUAA